GCCCUGCUAGUGCCUGUCCCGGAGCUUCGUCCGACGCGCCGGCCGGCGAGCCGCCCCUGCCGCCCUCUUUCUUCCUCGGCUCUUUCUCGUCCAGUUUGCCAGGAGGGUGAAAGAAGGCCCAGGGACGCCCCAAACCCCUCUGCUUCUGCCCAUAGCAAGUGCCACUACCGCCAUGGGCCUCACUAUCUCCUCUCUCUUCUCCCGCCUCUUCGGCAAGAAGCAGAUGCGCAUCUUGAUGGUUGGAUUGGAUGCUGCGGGCAAGACGACCAUUCUGUAUAAACUGAAGUUAGGGGAGAUAGUUACCACCAUUCCUACCAUUGGUUUUAAUGUGGAAACAAUAGAAUAUAAGAACAUUUGUUUCACAGUAUGGGAUGUUGGUGGUCAAGAUAAAAUUAGGCCUCUCUGGAGGCAUUACUUCCAGAAUACCCAGGGUCUUGUUUUUGUGGUAGACAGCAAUGACCGUGAAAGAAUUCAGGAAGAAGCAGAAGAGCUGCGGAAAAUCCUUCAGGAAGAUGAGCUUCAGGAUGCAGUACUGCUGCUUUUUGCAAACAAACAGGAUUUGCCAAAUGCUAUGGCCAUCAGUGAAAUGACAGAUAAAUUAGGUCUUCAGACUCUUCGUAACAGAACAUGGUAUGUUCAGGCCACUUGUGCUACACAAGGAACUGGUCUGUAUGGGGCUUGACUGGCUGUCAAAUGAGCUUUCAAAACGUUAAACUGGAUACUCUAACCACGGACGUGUUUGAUGGAAUUGGUCUAGGCUUGUUACAACACAAUUAGUUUGCAUCUUGGUUAUUAAACAGUAUCUGGGACUGGUUUGGGCAGAAUAAUACAGCGUUUAAACUUAUUUUGUUGCCAAUUAUUGUUUACCAAGUAUAAUGUUGCUAUUGAGCAAUAUGCUUGGAUUUAAAGAAAUUCUCCUUGGGGAAAAAAGUGUCCUCUUUUAAUUUUACUUCCCUUAAGCCUAAAUGCCUGGACAUAGCUAUUGUGACACCUUUAAAUAAAUCCGUUUUGAAUGUUUGA